GAGGGAGAUCAAGAAAUGACAGAUGCUGUAUUGGAAGUAGUAUGUCCCGUAACCUUUGCACCGAUGAAAGGGGGAGGAAUACAAGCUCAAAUUACAGCUUUAGAUUGGAAAUGGUUAUCACAGUUGCGAUCUACAGUCAGUCAGUUUGGAGUGACCAGUGAACCAGUAAGACAGAUGAUUGAUUAUUUGUGGGGUACACAGAUUUUGUUGCCUGCAGAUUGUAGGAGUAUUAUGAAAUUGAUUCUUACUAAGCAUCAGCAGUUGUUGUUUAAUGCACACUGGCGAGCUUAUUGUCAAGAAAGUGUAAAUGUGCAAAGACAGGCAGGUGAUCCACUGCAUGGAUUAACUUUGGAAGAACUUAUGGGCUUAGGAGCAUAUAGUCAAGUGGAGGCACAAGCUAUUUUGGGACCAGACAAGUUGAGAGAAGGAAUGCGGUUGGCACGAGCUGCAUUUGAUCGGAUUAAGGAGCCAGGAGGUAUUCCAUCUUAUAUGGGUAUUAAACAGGGGCGAGAUGAGCCAUUUGGAGCAUUUAUUGAUAAAUCGGCUGCAGCUAUAGAGCGGGCAGGUGUUCCUGAAUAUAUGAGGGGAGCAUUGUUAAAACAAUGUGCCUUACAAAAUUGUAAUCCAGCAACUAAGUCAGUUUUAAAUUCCCUAAGUGCUAAUUGGACUAUUGAGGAGGCAUUAGAGAGAAUGUCUAAUAUACCAGUGGGGUCACAAGCAAUGUUAGUCCAAGCAAUUAAAGAACUAGGGCAAGGGUUAGAGAAGCAGGCUGCAUCUACUCAGAGUCAGGUUUUAGCAGCUCUUGCACCCCUACAAGUGGCUACAACUAACAAUGGCAGGAUUCCAGCCUCCCGAUUCAAAUGUUUUCGCUGUCACAACCUUGGACAUAUUCGGAAGGAAUGUACUGUACCAUCUGUUUGGUGCAAUCAGUGUCGGUCCAAUAUCCACACUGAUAAUGCCUGCCGCCGGAGAUCGGGAAACGGGAAGGUCAGCGCGAGAAGCCGCCGCGCCAGGACACAAAUAGCAGCUGCUAGAACAUCAGUGCAACUUCCCUCCAGCCUGCCACAGCAGGGAGCCUCGGUCUGGACCUGGCAGCCUCAGUGACUGUGGAUUUAUUGACAUCCCAGCCCUACAAGAUUCCCACGGGAAUUAUUGGACCAGUGAUAAUAAAUGGAAAAGCUAUGGGUGCAAUAGUGUUGGGGCGUUCAUCUGCUAGUCUAAUGGGACUGUUUAUUUUACCUGGAGUAAUUGAUGUGGACUAUUCUGGUGAAAUAUAUGUCAUGGCAUAUACACUGACACCACCAACUAGAAUUGAUAAAGGACAGCGAAUUGCACAAUUGGUGCCGCUGCCACAAUAUACCCAUCAAUUGACACCAUUGAAAAAUCAAUCACGGGGUAUGAGUGGAUUUGGUUCCAUAGGAGGACUUACAUUGCUUACCCUGGACUUAAACACUCGACCCAAGCGAACAGUUGUUCUCAAUUACAAUGGAGAAUCCCACCAAUUAGAAGGACUAUUGGAUACUGGGGCGGGCUCAAGUGUUGAUCCACGAUAUUGGCCUCAGGAAUGGCCUUUGUUGCCUAGUAUGGUGACUGUUACAGGGGUGGGAGGUUUAACUUUGGUGAAAAGGUCUCCACAAAUCCAGGUUCAAUUAGAUGGGAAGGUUAUCAGUUCUGUUUUGUCAAUUGUUCCAUUACCAGACAAGGUUCAAUGUCUAAUUGGACGAGAUAUUUUGUCACAACUUGGUGUUAUUUUGACCAAUGAGCACCCUUUAGAAGAGAGGCCAUUGUUUGGACUUUCCCACUCCCACUUAAAUGGAUAAUUCAGGAACCAGUAUGGGUUGAACAGUGGUCUUUAAAAAGGGAAAGUCUGCAACAAGCUCAUCAAUUAGUGCUGGAGCAAUAUCAACAAGGACAUUUAAAGUUGUCCACAAGUCCUUGGAAUACUCCUAUUUUUGUUAUUAAAAAGAAAUCUGGGAAAUAUCGAUUGCUGCAUGAUUUACAUGCAAUAAAUGAACAAAUGGAGCCAACGGGGGUGCUACGACCUGGUUUGCCCAAUCCUGCAAUGUUACCAAAAGAUUGGCCCUUGCUAAUAAUUGAUUUAAAGGACUGUUUUUUCACUGUCUCACUGCAUGAACAGGAUACUUGCAGAUUUGCUUUUACCUUGCCUUCAUUAAAUCGAGAAGAACCAGACAAGAGAUUUGAAUGGACAGUUUUACCACAGGGUAUGCAUAAUUCUCCUACCUUGUGUCAGCUUUAUGUUGAUAAUGCUUUGCAGCCACUACGUGCUCGAUGGCCUACAACUAUAAUUUAUUAUUUAUCACUAUAUGGAUGAUAUUCUUUUUGCUUAUGGAUGAUAACCUUUUGCAGAUAAAUAAGUUAAAGACAUUCAAACACAACUACUUCAGAAUGGACUGGUUGUUGCACCUGAGAAAAUACAGCAGUCAUCCCCAUGUAAAUGAGUGGACUUCUACUGAGCAGUAUGUUGCCCCUCAGAAACUGUCAUUGAACAUGUCACUUCAUACUGUUCAUGAUGCUCAGCGAUUGCUAGGAGAUUUACAAUGGUUUAAACCUGUUGUAGGUAUUCCUAAUGAACUUUUACAAUCCUUACGACGUUUGUUAAAGGGUACUGAUCCUACAGCACCUAUACAGGUCACCAGUGAACAACAAGAAGCUCUCAAUAAAAUAAUGGACUGUAUCCAGACAGGUGUUGUUCAUAGGCGAGAUCCAGACUUGGACAUUAAUCUUACUGUAUGGUUUGGCCCUCAAUAUCUUAUCGGUGCCUUAACGCAGCAACAAAAGAAAACGGGGGAGAUAUGGGUAUUAGAGUGGUUGUUGCCACCACUACAACAGAGACAUACCUUAAUUCAAAAAAUUGAAAUUUUAGCAAAUUUGAUAAAACAAGGGAGGAAGCGAUUGUGGCAAAUUGUGGGUGCAGAUCCAGCUGAAAUUCAGAUACCAAUAAAAAAGGACACUUUAGAUUGGUAUUUAAUUCACAGCUCCACACUGCAAGAAGCAUUGCUUGACAACAGCAGUGUGGUCAGUACUGAGGAAGUGCCUCGAAUACCACUAUGAUGGAUAGGCCAGCAGAACUGGAUUGAAAAGCCCAAACGAUCAUUUGUGCCGUUACCAGGGGCAUCACCGGUGUUUACUGAUGCUGGAAAAAAAUCUCGCACAGCUGCUGCUACAUGGCAAAAUUCAGAAGGACAAUGGAAUCAUCACAUUAUUCCAGCUCAAAAGGAGGAUACAUUACAAACUCUGGAAUUAGUCGCUGUUGUUUGGGUUUCAGUGCAGUUUAAGGGUCCUGUUAAUGUGGUAACUGAUUCUUUAUAUGUUGGAGGAGUGAGUGAACGUAUUGAAAAUGCAGACAUUAAGGAAGUAAAAAACCCUCAUUUAUAUGAACUGUUUUUGUGGCUUCAAAGAGCAGUAAAGUUGAGAGCUGCUGCCUUUGCUAUUAUCCAUAUUUGUAGCCACAAAUGGGAUGCGGGUCUAGGAGAAAGAAAUGCUAAGGCAUUCUUUUCUGAUUGGUUUAUAAAGAUCCAAAAACAGGUCUGUGGGGAAGUCCUAGCAAGGUACUCUAUUGAGGACGUGGUUAUCUUUGUGUGUCUACCCCCAAAUGGCUUGUCUGGGUGCCGAGCUGAUGGACUAAACCUGCUGAUCCCAGUGAUUCACCUUCAGCUGAUCCAGAAAAUUUAGCAGAUACUUCUCGCUCUCUGUCAUCAACAUAGAGAUGGGAUCUGAUGAACAUACAUGAAAAUUUUGUGUACAAUACCAAAUUGUGAAUGUUAUCCUUUCGUAUGUUACAUUUGUAAAGUGUGUAAGGAAAAGUGGUGGAUACAUUCUUAGUAGGGUCGAUCCCCAAGAGGGAUUUGUACAGAGUGUUACAACUUUGAAAGAAAUUUGACUGAGAUUGCAUUACAGGAAGGUGUGCAAACAGGACAAUUUGAAAAGGGAUCUGAUAGAUGGUGGGAGAUUUUUGCUUUUGGGAUAAAUCCAGAAAAUUAUUGUUAUCAUCCUAAUACCCCUUUACGUUUAUUAUUGAAAUAACCACAAUACGUUGUCGUAAGACACUUACACAAGUCAGGUGUGAUAUCCCAGGGGUAAAAAAUAAAAAUUGGGAGCAAUUCUUAAAACGGCAGUCUCGAGAGAAAGGGUCUUUCCCUGAAAGUUAUCCCUGCUGCCUAGAAGAUGAAACACCCCGUGGUUCGAAGCAACCGAAUCGAUGGGCGAGGCAGAGGGGUAAAAGAAAAGGGAAGCAAGAUCUCACAUGGGAUCCAGCCAAGAUGCUGGCUGAACUGCCACAAUCCUUUUAAAGUCCUUAAAGAAUUACCUCUGAUCAGGUUGUUGUUGUGGUUUACCAUGAUAAUGGGAAAUUAAGGGUUUUUGAUUGACAUGGAUGAGAGACAAAAUACGUGGGUAACGUGGGAUAAUCAAACUGGACAGGAUAAUUUUUGCCUUUCAAUGGCUACCCCUUCAGAUCCUUUUUGAACUUGUUUAGUGGGCGCACCUUUGGAUGAUUCAUUCAAUGCCAUAAUGUUU